AAAACAUGGAGGCUUUCGACACCUACCAGACGCCGCUUGCCAGGUGGGCCUCCCCCGGGAUACAUGUCCACGAACUUAGGACUGAGGCAGGGCGAGGGCAGCCGUUAUGCAAGUAAGGAGAUGGCGCAUCUCUUCUCCCCGGCGGUAUGCUGCACGCCAGGUUGCUUAGAGCAAUAACGAUCGACAGAUCCAACUAUUACUAGAAUCGCUUCUACACAUGGCGGAAGCUCUGGCUCAACCUCGCCGUUGCGGAAAAGCAGCUCGGCCUACCCAUCUCGGACGAGGCCAUCGAGCAGAUGAAAGCGAACCUGCAUCUGGAUGAGAAGCAAUUUGAAACUGCUGCGGUGGAGGAGAAGAAACGGCGUCACGAUGUCAUGGCGCAUGUGCAUACUUUUGGUCAGGUCGCGCCCGCUGCUGCAGGCAUAAUCCAUCUUGGAGCAACCUCGUGUUAUGUCACUGACAACGCUGACCUGAUCUUCAUCCGCGAAGCCCUUACACUUAUCAUCAAUAAGCUGGCCGUCGUCAUUGACCGACUAUCCAAGUUUGCCAAGGAGUAUCGCGACCUUCCCACCCUUGGCUUUACCCACUUCCAACCCGCACAGCUGACUACUGUCGGCAAACGUGCAACCUUGUGGCUCCAGGAGCUGCUCUGGGACUUGCGUAACCUCAAGCGUGCCCGCGACGACAUCGGCUUCCGCGGUGUGAAAGGCACGACAGGCACGCAAGCGAGCUUUCUCGCGCUCUUCGACGGUGAUCACGCCAAGGUCGAGGAGCUCGACACGCUCGUAACGGAGCUGUCUGGGUUCGUGUACGCAUACCCCGUCACGUCGCAGACGUACUCGCGUAAGGUUGACAUCGACGCGCUCGCGCCGCUCGCGAGCUUUGGGGCGACGGCGCACAAGAUCGCGACGGACUUGCGGCUGUUGGCGAACCUGAAGGAAGUCGAGGAGCCGUUCGAGAGCACGCAGAUCGGGUCGUCGGCCAUGGCGUACAAGCGGAACCCGAUGCGCUCAGAGCGGGUGUGCUCGCUCGCGCGGCACCUGAUGGUCAUCCACCAGAACGCGCUGAUGACGGCGAGCGUGCAGUGGUUCGAGCGCACCCUUGACGACAGUGCCAACCGCCGCAUCACGCUCCCCGAGGCGUUUUUAACUGCAGAUAUCGUGCUGACGACCCUACAAAAUGUCUCUGAGGGCCUCGUCGUGUACCCAAAAGUCAUCGCCCGCCGCAUCGCUCAGGAGCUACCGUUCAUGGCGACGGAGAACAUCAUCAUGGCGAUCGUCAAGAAAGGCGGGGACCGGCAAGAGGCGCACGAGAAGAUCCGUGUGCUCUCGCACGAGGCCGCACACCAGGUCAAGCAGCUCGGGCUCGACAACGACCUGAUUGAGCGCGUGAAACAGGACGCGUACUUCGACCCAAUCAAGGGCGAGCUGGACGCGCUUCUGGACCCGAGCACGUUCAUUGGCCGGGCGCCGCAGCAGGUCGACAAGUUCCUUGCGGAGUGGGUCGAGCCGGCACUUGCAGACCCGGCGCUGCAAGUUGUCCUUGCAAAAGAUGAAAAGGCGGAGCUCAACGUUUAAGAGGGUAAGAGCCGAAAGUGUACAAAAUUGUGUGGCCUUGUUGAAUGAAUAGAUAAAUUGAGGGCUUCCUCUUACACAGAUAUAGAACGAAAAUCAAUGUAUAAAUUAGAUUUA